CGAAAAGAAAGAACUCAAAACAAACUAAAAAUAAAAUGACUGGAGCAUUAAUUUUUCGAAGAUAAGUUUAAUGAGCAAACAAUCAAUUUUGAAAGAAAGUGAAAUAAAGUCAAAGAUUAGCAGUAGGGGCGAAAUUAAAUUAAAACUCGAACAUAUCGUCAAUUGAUUAUUUUCCGAAUUAUUAACAGUUUUUAACGGUUGUGUCGUCGUUACCAAAAAAAAUUGAUAGAAUUUAACAAUCAGAACGGCUCAGGUGACAGCAAGACGUUUUCCAUUGUUGUGAGCAAAGUGGAGUUUGGUGUGGUCGUAAAUACACGAAAAAAUUUUUGUUUAAUUUUACACGUCGGUUUCGAUUAAUUGACGUGGCGCAGAACAACGAAGAAAAUAAAAAUAUAUUUGUAGCUAGGAAGAUUCACCAGAAUUGUUAAGACAACAUCAACAUGGGUCUAACAAUAUCCAGUGUUUUGACACGCCUUUUUGGAAAAAAACAAAUGAGAAUUCUGAUGGUCGGAUUGGACGCAGCUGGUAAAACUACAAUUUUAUAUAAAUUGAAAUUGGGCGAAAUCGUAACGACAAUUCCUACCAUUGGCUUCAAUGUUGAGACGGUUGAAUACAAAAAUAUUUGCUUUACCGUUUGGGAUGUCGGUGGUCAAGACAAAAUUCGACCACUUUGGCGUCAUUAUUUCCAAAAUACGCAAGGUCUCAUCUUUGUCGUAGACUCAAAUGAUCGGGAACGUAUUGUAGAAGCGGAAAAGGAGCUACAAAAUAUGUUACAAGAAGACGAGCUGAGAGAUGCUGUUCUGCUAAUAUUUGCAAACAAACAGGAUUUACCGAAUGCAAUGAGUGCGGCUGAACUAACCGAUAAAUUGCAUCUGAAUCAAUUGCGCAACCGACACUGGUACAUUCAAGCAACAUGCGCCACACAGGGUCACGGUUUAUACGAAGGAUUGGAUUGGCUGUCGAAUGAAUUGGCUAAGAAGUAAAACGAAAAUUUUGUGAAAAUUUGAAGUGAUUGAAUUGGUAUGUGUUCGAUGGUGAUGUUAAUUUUUCGUUUGGUAUACGUCAAGUAGGAAAGACAUACUUAAGCGAGAAAAAAAGAAUAAAAUCUUAAAAUAAAAAAAAAUAAAACUUGCUGGUCUUGUGUUAAACAUUCUUCUUUUGCACUGGAGCAUACGCCCAACAUUAGCAAAUUAUUUGAUUUUAUAUUUUUCGAAACUAAUUUCAUAUUUUGUUAAAACGACUUCCCGAUAAAAAAAUAUUUUAAUUAUAUGCCGUCAAUGAGUAAG